GUGAUGAUGAUGAAGAGGAGAGCGGGGAAGAGCGCUUGCCCUCAUGCUUUGAUUACAUCAUGCACUUCCUGACAGUUUUCUGGAAAGUUCUGUUUGCCUUCGUUCCACCUACGGAGUACUGGAACGGCUGGGCCUGCUUCAUUGUCUCCAUCACGCUCAUCGGUGCCCUGACCGCUGUUACUGGAGAUUUGGCCUCUCACUUUGGUUGUACAGUAGGCCUGAAGGACUCUGUCACAGCUGUGGUGUUUGUGGCCUUGGGCACAUCUGUGCCUGAUACUUUUGCCAGCAAGGUGGCAGCCAUCCAGGACCAAUAUGCCGAUGCAUCCAUUGGAAAUGUGACGGGUAGUAAUGCAGUUAAUGUCUUCCUGGGUAUUGGAGUGGCGUGGACCAUCGCUGCUGUGUACUGGCACAGUCAGGGCAAAAAAUUCCAGGUCCCGCCAGGGUCGCUGGCGUUUUCCGUCACCCUCUUCACCAUUAUGGCACUGCUGUGUUUUCUGAUACUGCUGUACCGCCGCCGGCCCUCUGUGUCCGGGGGCGAGCUGGGGGGCCCGCGAACCGCCAAGCUGCUCACCGUGUUCCUCUUCCUCAUGCUGUGGCUCAUCUACAUCCUCCUGUCCUCGCUGGAGGCUUACUGCCACGUGCCUGGCUUCUGAGAAAGUUCCUGAGAGAGAUGUACUCUUUGCUGUAAAACCUCCCAUCAUUCUUCCUCUCUGCUUUUGUGUAUAUGAGAAGUCUAAAAUUAGUGUUUACAUCUGUUCUUACUGAUUAUUAUCGCUGUUGAAAUUGAACUCGCAUCCUUUAGCUAACACUGACGUGGAUUUCUAGAUAAGUGUCAGUGGAGGAUGAUGGAGGCUCUGUGGUUUCAUGCACAGCUUCUCUUUAUAGAUGGAUCUCUCUUACAUGGUGUCUGCCACCCCCUGGAUAUUCAGACAGAGCAACUCUUUCCAGAAUACUCUCUAGAGAGCCCCCUCAGCGUUUUUCUUGCUUCAGUGCUGUUUUUUCCAAGGAUGGUUCUUUAUGCCUCACUUCGAUAUUCUCUCAGAAA